AGCUUUCACCAUUUUCGUUGCUGUUUUCCAUUUGCAUCUUCUAAUUACUUUUACACUCCUUGUUCUAUAGAAUAAUGGUUCUGAACCAUUACCAUUACAUAACACUCACGUGGGAGGUGGGUGAGAUUGGUAUUUUUUUCUAAUUUUCUACUCACAUGGGGUGGAAUGGUUACUUCUAACUCAAAAAUCAAAUCAAAGCUUCAAUCUUUGACAUAAAUAAACAUACAGAGUGAAUUGUUUUUGUGGGGUAAGUGAAUAGUGGGUUUUGAGUUGUUCAUCGUACUGAGAUGGGGAAGGUGGCGGCGGCGGCAGCGGUGGUGUGUACGGCAGCGGUAUGUGCCGCAGCUGUGCUGGUGACGAGACACCGGAUGAAGAGCUCCGGGAAAUGGACCAAGGCGAAGGCCAUUUUGAGAGAGCUGGAAGAGAAGUGUGGCACCCCAACUGGUAUGCUCCUGCAGGUGGCUGACGCCAUGACGGUUGAGAUGCACGCCGGCCUCGCCUCCGAAGGCGGCAGCAAACUAAAGAUGCUCAUCAGCUAUAUAUAUAAUUUCUGCUUCAGCGAUGAAAAAGGAGUAUUUUAUGCAUUGGACCUAGGUGGCACAAACUUCCGAGUCCUGCGUGUGCAGCUUGGUGGAAAAGAAAACCGUGUGGUCAAAAAAGAACCUGAAGUACUUUCAAUUCCUCCACAUUUGAUGGUUGGAUCAUCUCUUGAAUUGUUUGAUUUUAUUGCUGCGGCACUUGCAAACUUUGUUGCAACAGAAGGUGAAGACUUUGUUCAUCCACCUGGCAGGCAAAGGGAGCUGGGUUUCACCUUUUCCUUCCCAGUUAAGCAAUUAUCAUUGGCUUCUGGGACUCUUACAAAGUGGACUAAAGGCUUCCUCAUAGAAGACGCAAUAGGACAAGAUAUUGUCGGAGAGUUGACUAAAGCAAUGGAAAGAGUUGGCCUUGAUAUGCAUGUGACUGCUUUGGUCAAUGAUACAGUUGGAACAUUAGCCGGAGGACAAUACAACCACCCUGAUGUGAUUGCUGCGGUGAUAUUGGGUACUGGAACUAAUGCCGCAUAUGUAGAAUGGGCAAAUGCUAUUCCAAAGUGGCAAGGUCCGCUUCCUAAAUCUGGGGAAAUGGUUAUAAACAUGGAAUGGGGUAACUUCCGAUCAUCACAUCUUCCGUUAACAGAGUAUGAUCGAAGUCUUGAUGCUGAAAGUUUAAACCCUGGCGAGCAGAUUUUUGAGAAGAUAAUUUCUGGCAUGUAUUUGGGAGAAAUUGUACGCCGAGUCUUUUGCAGGUUGGCAGAAGAAGCAUCCUUUUUUGGUGAUGAUAUCCCGAUAAAACUGAGAAUUCCAUUCAUAAUAAGGAUCCCUGUCAUGGCUGCAAUGCAUCACGACGAUACUGCUGAUCUCAAAUUGGUUGGGAGCAAACUAAAGGAUAUCUUGGAGAUACCUAAUUCUUCCUUAAAAAUGAGGAAAAUGAUUGUGGAAGUAUGUGAAAUUGUUGCCACUCGUGGGGCCCGUCUUUCGGCUGCUGGAAUCUUUGGAAUUCUCAAAAAACUGGGAAGAGAUACUGUAAAAAAGGGUGAGAAGCAGAGGUCAGUGAUUGCGUUGGAUGGCGGACUGUUUGAGCAGUAUUCUGAAUUCAGGAAUUGUCUGAAGAAUACACUUAAAGAGCUCCUGGGGGAGGAGGUUUCAGAGAGCGUUAACAUUGAGCUUUCCAAAGACAGCUCUGGCAUUGGAGCUGCACUCAUCGCAGCCUCUCAUUCCCAGUACCUUGAAACCGAGGAGUCCUGAUGCCGGUCAGAGUAAGGUGUGACCAUCUUAUGCGAGAAACUUCACAGUUUUAAGUGUUAUAUGCUAUACUCCCCCCAUCUUUGCUUCAUAGAAAUGAUUAGUCUUUUAUCCUCCUAGUUCAGGACAUCAUUCCCACAAUCCCACAUAUAUUUGAUUUAUGCUCUUCUGGUAUUGAAGAAGUCUUUGGACACUAGUGUGAGAUCAUUUUGUGAUAAAAUAGAGAAUAAAGUUGGGGAUUCAGAUUAUUUGCCUCU